ACUGCUUGGAUGGUAUCCCCAUGGCUGCUGGCCCUGUGGCUGCUGCUGACGCCACAGGCGAGCGGCUCGCCCGACAGUCUGAGGGCCUUCGUGGUGCCUCACAGCCACAUGGAUGUGGGCUGGGUCUACACUGUCCAGAUAAGACCUUUCAAACAAGUCCAGCUGGGCCCCAGAAGACACCCUUCCAGAAACGUGAUCCCAUUGGAACAAUAGCAGCAGCUCUCUGAACUCUGCCUGCCCUGUCUCCCUCUGAGAGGACCCUGUGGAGUUCAGAGCUUGGAGGAAUCCUUUAAAGUUGAGGAGGCCUGCCAUGGAGUCAACUGGGCAGCCCUCAGAGCCAUUCCUGUUUCUGCAGUGCCUCAAGCUUUCUCCCUGAGGGAGGAGAGCAUGCAUGCUUAUGCAGCCAAUGUCUACACUUCAGUGAUAGAGGAACUGAACAGAGGGAAGCAGCGCAAAUUUAUUGCUGUUGAACAAGAGUUCUUCCGGCUCUGGUGGAGCAGAGUGGCCACAGACACCCAGAAGCAUCAGGUCCAUCAGUUACUGAAAGAAGGCCGACUGGAAUUUAUAAUUGGAGGACAGGUGAUGCAUGACGAAGCAGUGACCCAGAUCGAUGAUCAGAUUUUACAGCUAACAGAGGGACAUGGAUUUUUAUAUGAAACUUUUGGAGUAAGGCCUCAGUUUUCCUGGCAUGUUGAUCCCUUUGGAGCAUCUGCUGCCACCCCAACUUUGUUCGCACUGGCCGGAUUCAAUGCCCACCUCAUUUCCCGGAUCGACUAUGACCAAAAAGAGGAUAUGCAGAAAGCCAAGAAGCUUCAGUUUGUGUGGCGAGGGUCUCCGUCUCUAGCCGAAAGUCAGGAAAUCUUCACUCAUGUUAUGGACCAAUAUAGCUACUGCACCCCUUCAUAUAUCCCUUUUUCCAACAAGUCAGGCUUUUUUUGGAAUGGAUUUGCAGUUUUCCCCAACCCUCCAGAAGAUGGAGUUUACCCCAACAUGAGUGUGCCAGUGACAGAUACCAACCUCAACCUCUACGCCCAAACCAUGGUGGCCAACAUCAAGCAGAGGGCAGCCUGGUUCAGGACCCAGGAUGUGCUCUGGCCGUGGGGUUGUGACAAGCAGUUCUUUAACUCAUCUGUCCAGUUCACCAAUAUGGAUCCAUUGCUAGCCUAUAUUAAUAAUCAUUCUGAAGAGUUUGGAGUCACUGUGGAAUAUGCUACUGUGGGUGAUUACUUCCGUGCUAUUCAUGAUCGAGAUGUCACCUGGAGCAUACGGAACCAGCAGGAUUUUCUUCCCUAUUCAUCAGAGCCAUUUCAAAGCUGGACCGGAUUUUAUACUUCCCGUAGCUCACUGAAAGGGAUCGCCCGGAGAGCAAGCUCCCUUCUUUAUGCUGGAGAGUCCAUGUUCACCCAGUAUGUUCGGAAGAAUCCACGAGGUCCUCUGGCUCAACCUGAGUCCUUAGAACAGCUGCAGCAGCUUCGCUGGGCCGUAUCAGAGGUUCAGCAUCAUGAUGGCAUAACAGGGACAGAGUCUCCCAAGGUGAGAGAUAUGUACAUGAACAACCUAAUGGAAGGAAUGUUAGCUGUAGAAAAGUUAAUGGCCUCCAUUAUCAUUGACAUAUUCUGGGCAGAGAAGAAAGAAGAGCCACAAACUACUGUCUUUGAUAGAGAUUCAGGUUCUAACGAGGUGACCCCGUGUGCUGUUGUCUAUAACCCCCUGGCCUGGACCAUCACCACUUUGGUUACUGUUCCUGUCGGUUCUCCAGGAGUCACGGUCUUAGACGAAAUGGGACAUGCGGUGCCUGCUCAGAUCCAGAACUCGACUGAAUUUCCUUCCACCUAUGACUUGUACAUUCUGGCCACCAUAAAGGGUCUCAGUUUCCGACGUUACUACAUUAAGGCAACUAGCAAAUUUGAAGAGGUUCAUCAGGAGUCAACCUCGAUUGCAAGAGUCUUCCAGUUUGGUAGAAAAUCGGCUAAGUCUUCACAUCCCUCCGGCAAACGACUAUUUCCUGUGGCAAACAAGUGUUAUUCUAUACUUAUGGACCAAGACACCAAUUUAAUGCACAGCAUCACAGAAAGGGAGAGUAACGAGACUGUACAGGUCACCCAGCAGUUCCUGGAAUAUAAAGUCAAUGCUGAUUUGGAGCACGGACCGAUUUCAGACAACUAUUUGUUUACCCCCAAUGGAUCAGCCGUUCUAGCCUCAGACGUGGUGAGGUUGGAGAUUGUGACUGGAAAACUAGUGACGGAGAUCCGGCAAUAUUUUUACAGGAAUUUCACUGUAAAGGAUUACACCUAUGUCGCCUAUUCUCGGAUCUACAACAUCCCCGAGGGUUACGAUGGGAAACUGCUCUGUCACAGGAUAGAACAAGAGUACAGGGUGGGCCCCUUGGAGCUGAACCGGGAGGCAGUCCUGAGAACCAGCACGGAUUUAAACAGUCUCCAAUUCCUUUAUACAGACAAUAAUGGCUAUCAGAUACAGAGAAGGACUUACAAAUCCUAUACAAAUAACACCGUGGCUCGGAACUACUAUCCUAUGGUACAAACUGCUUUCAUUGAGGAUAACAAAACCAGACUUGUCUUGCUGUCUGAAAGAUCACAUGGUGUCUCUAGUCAAGGAAAUGGGCAGAUAGAGGUGAUGCUACAUAGGAGACUCUGGAACAACUUUAAGUGGGACCUCAAUUACAACCUCACUUUGAAUGAUACAUCAGUGGUUCGACCAACUUUCUGGCUCCUCCUAGGACCCAAAUCUGUCAUUACUGCUCUGUAUCAGAUGAGUAGAAUGGCUUUGGAGCAUAGACCAGUUGUUAUAUUUGGACAAUUAUCUGUUAAUAGCCAGAUAUCACCAGGAUACGUGCAGAAAGAUGCUCCAGCCCUUCCCCCAAAUCUUCACCUCCAGAUUCUCAGCAUCCCUGGAUGGCGAUACAGUUCUAACCACACAGAGCAUUUGCAGAAUUUGCAGAAAGGUCACAGAAAGGAGGGCGGGCCUGACCUCAACCGUGUCUUACUCCGGAUCUGCCAUUUAUACGAGGUGGGAGAAGACCCAGACCUAUCUCAGCCAGCAGCCGUGAACCUGAAGUCUCUGCUCCAGAGUAUGGGAACGGUGGCCGUGGUGGAGGAGCGCUCCCUCACGGGGACCUGGGAUGUGAAGGACCUGAAUCGCUGGAGGUGGAAGACAAGCCAGCGUGAAGGCCAGCGUCUCAAAGGUUUCCGCAGGUCUUCCCGAACAGCCCUGGGGAACUCCACCUUCAUUCUGCACCCAAAGGAAAUAAAGACCUUCUUUAUCUAUUUCCAAGAGCCGUGAAGCGCUUCACAACUAUCUCUGCAGCUCUCCGAAUGUCUUAGAAGCCGUGCUGCCAGGCCUGCCAACAGGAUAGUGAAGGCUAGUGUGAAUUUGUGGAGGGCAAAAGAUGUAUAUUUUUGUAAUAAACUGUAAAUUAUGAUGCCAGCAAA